CCGUUCUUUGUGGGCCAUAACUAACAAGUUGACCGAUUCGGGUUACCGUCACUGUCACUAUGUUCGGCAGCACAUACAAGCUAUUGAAAGCUCAAUAUUAUACUCUCAACAUUUUUGUAUAAACAGAACACUAAAGAAUCUACGUUUUAUUUUAUUAUCUUUAAAAUGACCACCAAGUUCAGACAGAGUUAUCAAGUCAUUGACAAAAGUCUUUUGCGAUGGUUCCCUGGUCACAUGAACAAAGGCAUGAAACAAAUGCAGCAAAAGUUGAAAUCGAUUGAUUGUAUUAUUGAAGUGCAUGAUGCUCGGAUACCGCUUUCUGGUCGUAAUCCAGAUUUUAGAUACAAUAUCUCUGGAAUAAGACCACAUAUCUUGGUAUUAAAUAAAAUGGAUUUAGCUGAUUUAAGUUUUAAGCAAAAGAUUGAAGAAAAAAUCAAGGCUGAACAAAAUAUAUCAAAAGUUAUUUAUACUAAUUGUAAAGAUGCUUUGUGUCCAGGUGUGAAACAAAUACUGCCAGCAGCUCUAAGUCUCAUUAAAGGAUCUAAUAGGUUUAAUCGUUCAGAAAAUAUUGACUCUCGUAUUAUGGUAAUCGGUGUGCCUAAUGUAGGAAAAUCAUCAUUGAUUAAUUCUAUUAAAAACACAAUACUUGGGAAAAAAAGUUCUGCUCCUGUUGGUGCUGUGGCCGGUAUCACUAGAGCAGUACAAAAUCAAAUUAAAAUUAGUCAUGAUCCGUUAGUUUAUGUCCUUGAUACUCCAGGAGUAAUGUCUCCAGUUAUUAAAAACAUCGAAACCGGGUUAAAACUUGCUUUAUGUGCUACUUUACCAGAUCAUCUUGUUGGGGAAGAAGUUAUUGCAGACUACUUAUUGUAUUGGUUUAAUAAAAAUAAUAAUUUUGAAUAUGUUUCAUACUUGAAUUGUGAUGAACCUACUGAUGAUAUAAGAAUAGCAUUGGCAAAAGCUGCAAUUUAUCGUCAGGCUAGUAUAAAAUAUAAAAAUUAUGAUGGUGCAUAUAUAUACAGACCAGAUUUGCAAGGAAUGGCUAGAAAUUUUCUGAAUGCAUUUCGAACAGGAGUUUUUGGCAAAAUACUUUUGGAUAAUGACUUAGUAUAAAAUAAGAAAUAUAUACACAUGUAAUA